GACCAUGAACACCCGUGAGUGGCCCUUUAUUGGCUCUUGCCCUUAAUUAAGAGGUUCAUGCAGUCUUAAGCUUGGGUUCCAAAAACCAUUAAUAAUUACCCUUAAAUGGCAAACAAAGGGGAAAUUUCAUCAUCAGGGUGGUGUGUCUGCACACUAUAAAAGCUCUCGGCCCUCCCGGCAGCUCACACGUCUGCCGAUUCCCAGUGCAGCACUGUCACCGAGCAGGUCAGUGGGGCCAGAGCAGCAGCAAGCACUCCUGCUCAGUGACCUCGGCUUCUUUUCAGAAAGGACUCCGCCAUGGCUGCUAAAAAGUCUCCCGAGGAACUCAAGAAGAUUUUUGAAAAAUAUGCAGCCAAAGAAGGUGACCCGGACCAGCUGUCCAAGGAGGAACUGAAACUGCUGGUCCAGGCCGAGUUCCCCAAUCUGCUCAAGAGUGCAAGCACCUUAGAUAACCUUUUCAAAGAACUGGACAAGAAUGGUGACGGAGAAGUCAGUUUCGAAGAAUUCCAAGUGUUCAUAACAAAGACCUCCCAGUAAAGAUGGGUCCGACAAGCAGGCCGGGGACUGAGGCCUUUGUGGCAGCCACACUGCCUCAGGCUGAGUUCCUUACAAUUGGAUGACUCGACCUGUUACUGUCAAUAAAGAACUUCCCAGACGUG